AUGGUGACAUACCCGAUAUUUGGUUUUGAUACGACGGGUGAAGAGGUGGCUACGGCAUUCGCCAAAGAAAUCCAAGGCAAGAAUGUUCUCGUCACUGGCACUUCGUUGAAUGGGAUUGGUUUCGAGACAGCCCGAGCGGUCGCGAAACAUGCGAAUCUGGUCAUCAUUACCGGAUACAGCAACGAGAGGUUAAGGCUUUCGGAAGACGCAAUCAAGAAAGAGAUCCCUUCAGCCAAUGUUCGGCGCCUGACUCUUGAUUUAUCCUCACUGGAAGCUGUUCGAAAGGCUGCAGCCGAAGUCAACGCAUACCCGGAACCCAUCCACAUCCUCAUCCACAACGCUGCUGCAGGUUUCGGUCAAUUCCAACUCACAGUUGAUAAGCUUGAGAAUCAGCUUGCGACGGACCACGUUGGCCCGUUUUUAUUGACCAAGCUUAUCAAGCCCAAACUUCUCGCUGCUGCGAGUGCAACAUUCACGCCCCGCGUUGUUUUCGUCGCGAGCGGCGCACACGCGUCGGUCUUUGGGGAUGGUGUUGACCUUGACUAUCUGAAAGCACCUUCCCCAAACAAGUAUAACAGUGCAACGGUCUACCAUCAAGCUAAAUCGGCCAAUAUCUUGACUGCAAGCGAACUUGCACGUCGUGCCAAUGGCGCGAUUCUUGCUUACAGUCUGCAUCCCGGUGUUAUCCUCACCAAUAUAAUCACAUCGUCGACGGAUCCUAUCACUAUCGCAGCGUUGCAGCAACUCCAAAUUCUCGACAACGACAAGAAGCUCAAUACAAAGGAGAUCCAGUGGAAGACUAUAUCGCAAGGGGCAGCAACAACUAUCGCGGCGGCUUUUGAUCCUCGUGUUGCAGCACACUCUGGAGCGUACCUCGAUGAUUGCAAAGUCGCAACUGAGACCGUCUCCCAUCAUGCUAUUGAUCCGCUGAAGGCGAAGAAACUCUGGGAAGUGACGGAGGAAAUUAUUGGAGAAAAAUUCGUGGUUUAG